UCUACCUAAUGUCAAUGCAUUAAAAAUCAAACAUCAAAGCUUUAAUAGCUUUAAUGGGCAAUAGGCAUUGUAUUUCCUGCAUACAUUCAACUGGAUAACCUUACCUGUAAUUUUAACGUGCCCUAGAUCUAGUUCAUUGACCUGUCGACUGUCCUGAUUCAAGGUUAGAUUACUAGAAUUAAAGUCCGAUUCCGCACUGAUGCACUGUUGAAAAGAGAAUACUGUUGAAAAUAAGGAAUGAAAUACACUCCAGCUGUACACACCAAGAUACCUGCCAAGAACUCCAGAACCGCGGGAUUACGAAUAAGUAUGGCAUAUCAUGUGACCAGUCAUGUGACUUGAAAGAAGCUUAUGUAUAUCACGUGAUAAAUUUAAAAUGGACGUCAUCGAAGUUUCACCCAAAACAGCUCUCGUUUCAAGCCUUAUUUUUGGAGGUGUCAUCAAGUAUGCAGCUCUUAAUUGGAUAUCCUCUCGCAGACAAAUGGUACUAGAACGAGUAGGAAAAGUGUCAGCACUUUAUUUCUACCCUGUGAAGAGUUUGAACGGGUUGAAAGUAAAGGAAGGAUUUUGCUCAAAGACCGGUUUGGAAGUACAAGGGCAAAUUGACAGACAUUGGAUGAUAAUAGAUGAGAAAAAAGUCUCUCUAACUCAAAGAACUGACCCUAAGAUGGUGCUGAUCACACCUAGUUUCCAUGACAAUAGUCUCCAUCUUGAUGCUCCAAACAUGGUUACAAUUAAAGUAUCAUUUGAUGAUGUAUCCAAGAACAGUGCCAACCCUGUAGAAUGCAAAUGUCGUGAGGUUCCUAUGACAGGAGUUGACUGUGGAGAUGAGGUAGCAGAAUGGCUAACCAAAGUAAUAGGGAAGGCUAACCUCAGACUGGUCUACUCUGGCCCAGGCCUGAAGAAACGUGAUGUUCUAGAACGUGCCAAGAAUGUAACACUAGCAAAAUCUGGAAACUUGGUAGCCUACCCUGACUACACACCAUAUCACCUAGCAACAGAUGAUUCUCUAGCAGACCUUAACAACAAAGCCCAGCAUCCUGUUGCUAUGGACAACUUCAGAGCAAACAUCAUUGUUAAAGCGACAGACCCAUUUGAGGAGGAUUAUUGGAGAGAAGUACGGAUUGGUGAGGCAACAUUCCAAAAUGUGAGGCUGACCACAAGGUGUAAAUUGACCCAGAUUGAUCCAAAGAAUGGAGAACCAGACAAUGUAACUAAGGACCCCAUAAACACACUACGAAAGUACCGACGAUUUAAAGAACUAGGAGAUUCGCCUUGUUUUGGGAUAAAUCUGACAAUCAAUCAAACUGGACCAAUCGAAGUUGGUGAUGAAGUGUUCGCAACGCGUCAUACAUUACGGGCUUGCUGUGAAUCAUAAACUGAAUUUGAAACAUUGAGUGCUCAAAUAUGUAUUGGAAUUUUUUUGUUCCCUCAAAGUAAACCCUUUUCAUUGUCACCACAACAAGUGGUAACAUAUUGUUAUGGUCUCCAACUUUUUUAUGACAGCAUUCAGCGGUUGGUGUCUGUAACAAAUGUAGCAAAUGGCAGGCGGUGACAUUGUGCAUGUUAAUGCCUUGUUUUUUAAUCCAAUUUUGCUCCUUCAAAUUAAAUGUGUUGUUUGCUUGAGCAUGACCCGGUUCUUAAAAUGCUUGGAAAUAGCCAAUCUGUGAUUGACAAUCAUGUACAGUAUAUACAAUAAUUUUUCACUUAUUUUUUGAAAAUCUUAUUUAGUGUAGUAUUUUCAUCACUCAAAAGUGAGAUUCAUCUGACAUAUAUUUUACAGAGAUUUUUGUAUAAAGAGAUUUAAAACACAUGUAUUUUUAAAAUAUAUAUUCAGUGAUAAUUGCAGGUCAGAGAUAUUUACUAUAUUUUAUACAGCCAUGUUUGAUAUCAAAUGGUAUAAUAAAUAAAUUAAAAACAAAUAAAUCACUAAUUAUUAUAUUUUAA